AUGAAGAGUCUCCUUGCUCUUGGUGCUCUGGCAGCCCUUUUCCAGUCUACCUCAUGUCUCGAAGCGGGAACUUAUACGAUCAGACCUGGUGGUGGGGUCAGUUCAAGGGCUCUGACCGACACGGGUGAUAUUAACGCCCCUCUGAAAUUUGAUAUCCCCAGGCCGCUGGCUGAAAUCCCCAACUGGCUGGGAAAUUCUCUCUCGGACGUGGUCUCGGAUGUGGUCUCGGACGUGGUCCCUGACGUGAUCGACAAAUCGGUUCAGAGAUGGUUCUUUGUGCAUAAGUACGAUGGUGACAAGUAUGCAAUGGAGGCCUAUCCCGAUCUGUUUUUCAUCACGAGCAGUCUAGGCUACAACAUCAGUUGUGGGAAUCAGGCGGGCUCUCCUUGUGUUACCGGUGACCAACCUCAAGAAGCCUACUCUGUCAGAAACACUAGUUACGGUACAUAUCAGAUCGUUGGGGAGGAGUCCGGUUAUUUCCUACGCACGCUUGGCGAUGAUGGACUGCAACGUGCCGCAGGGGACGGUAGCAUUGAAGAGGAAUUCUUCCUUGACAUGGAGCCAAAGCCAGCCUACUAG